AUGGCCACGAACAGGCUAGACUUUGAUGAUAAUAACAGAGGCAGUCUUCAUUCACUGCUCACGCUAAAUUCCAUUCAAGAGUCUCAAGCUGCUAAUGAGAAGGCUCUUGAAGAAUUAUUUGCUGAAAAUGAUAGAGACAUAGCGGCUCUAGCACAGCAAACUCGGCAGGCAUUGACAGAGGAAUUAUCUGGUUACCAAUAUGUAGAAAUUCAACCGAAACCAGGAUUUGUAAUAAAGACGCAUACUGUAGCAAAAACCGAGAAAUAUCCUGCGAGCAUGAAAGUGUUUAUAAACGUUUGCUAUUCGGAAAAGAUUACCGCUCCGAUGCAAGUUCCUGAAGAUGAGAUUCAAAAAGCAAUCAAAGGAGACGAAUCUACUUACACUGUACCCAUGGUUGUUAGCGAAUUGAGAGAAGAUAAAGAUAAAGCUCAGAGGCCAUGUCUCGUGUGUGAUGCUGUUAUUCACUUAAAGCCAAUGAAAAGAUCUAGGGAAGACGACAGCUACAAAAUAUUUUUAACUGAGUUGACGCUUGCAAUAUUUGAAGAAAAGUUCAAAAUAGAGUUAAGUCGAAGUUUGUCAUUUCCUAGAUUACAUUCUCAAGGACCAUUGAAUCCAAGAAGAGUGCCUAUCCCCAAAACUCCGCUAGUGACAGAGAUAGCUUCAAAGAAACUGAACAAGUCGAAUGCUACUCAAACACUUCCAAGACCAGACUUUAGGAUAACCGAGAGAAAACAAAAUAACACUGACAUGGUCAUUAUAGCGAUUCAGACACCAUUGCAGGAGUCAAUAGGAAAUGCAACAGUCGACAUUGAAUCUUUGCGAAUAAUUUUCCAUUCGCCGGGGAAAUAUCAUCUAGACGAAACACUUCCAUUUCCUAUCGAUAUAGAUCCAUUAAGCCCUUCGCAUAUGGAUUGGUCAAAGCAUUACCCAGCAUUCUUUCCUGCCGAUAACAAGGAUAGUACAGAAGCGAUGAGCAAAAAGAAGGUUGAAUUUGCUGAUCUUGGUUGCGGAUAUGGUGGAUUGCUUGUUGCGCUAUCACCACUCUAUCCGAAUACCCUCAUGUUAGGGAUGGAGAUUCGUGUAAAAGUAGAAGAAUAUGUUUAUGAGAGAAUACAGGCAUUGCGAAAACAGUAUCCGAAGCAAUAUGAGAAUAUAUCUAUAAUCAGAAUGAAUGCUAUGAAAUUCCUACCAAAUUUCUUUGAAAAAGGACAGCUAUCCAAGUUAUUUUUCCUAUUUCCAGACCCCCAUUUCAAAAAGAAAAAACAUAAAGCAAGGAUCAUAUCACAUGGGCUUUUGGCAGAAUAUGCAUAUAUUCUGCAAGAAGGAGGGAUAAUCUAUACUAUAACAGAUGUCAGAGACCUACACGAUUGGAUGGUCAAGUGCCUUGAUGAGCAUCCUUUGUUUGAAAGAAUUUCUGAGGAAGAAGUAGAGAAGGAUCCCGUCGUACCAUAUGUAAGAACUGCAACAGAAGAAGGAAGAAAAGUGGAAAGAAAUAAAGGAGAUAAGUUCUUGGCAUGCUAUAGGAGGAUCAAAGAUGAAGAAGAAGAAUAA